GAGGGGGUGGGGACGGAGAUUCGAGGUCCCAGAGCAGAGCUAGGACGCGGGGUGCUUGCUGUCUCUGUUCUUCUGGGGGCUUCCCCAGAUUUGGGGGAGUUUUGAGGAUGAGUGGAUCCGGGGCUCCCGGGCAGAGGGCGGCGAGAGGGAGCCGAGCGGGGAAAGCGGCCGACGCUCGCGGCGGGCGGGCGCAGACUGAUACACCUCGGGAAGCCGAAGCCGGAAGCUUGACCCACCAGCCGGAGAACAUGCUACUCCCUGCCUCCAGCUGCUUGGCCCCUGGAGACCGAGCUCGAUUCAGAGCCAGCAGACAUCACCCUUUCUUCCCAAACCUGGCUGUUUGUUUGUUUCUGUUGCUCUUCCUUCUCCCUUCUGUGCUCUCCCUCCCGGGCCCCCGGUUCCUCCGAUCUGUAUUGUCUCCAGAGCCGCAAACGUCUUACUCCUUCCGUGGCCUCCAGAUCUCCUCCUUUGCCAACCGCAGCUGGACGCGCACGGACGGCCUCGGGUGGCUGGGGGAGCUGCAGCUCUAUACUUGGCGCAAUGAGUCGGACACCGUCGGCCUCCUGAAGCCUUGGUCUCAGGGCACAUUCAGCGAGCAGCAGUGGGAGCAGCUGCAGCAUACGUUUCAGGUUUAUCGCAGCAGCUUCACCAGGGACGUCUGGGAAUUCGUCAAAAUGCUGCCCAGCGACUAUCCUCUUGAGAUCCAGAUAUCUGGAGGAUGUGAGUUACUCCCGUCGAACACCUCCGAAAGCUUCUUACGUGCAGCAUUUCAAGGAAAGGAUGUCCUGAAUUUCCAAGGAAUGUCUUGGGUGCCAGCCCCAGUUUCCCCCUCUUGGAUCCAGAUGAUCUGCAAUGUGCUCAAUCGGGACCAAGGGACCAAGGAAACAGCGUACUGGCUCCUCCAUGACGUGUGCCCAGAAUUGGUCAGAGGCCUCUUGCAGAUGGGGAAGUCCGAGCUGGAGAAGCAAGUGAAGCCAGAGGCCUGGCUGUCCAGUGGCCCCCCACCCCGGCCUGGCCACCUGCGGCUGGUCUGCCACGUCUCAGGAUUCUACCCAAAACCCGUGCGGGUGAUGUGGGUGAGGGGCGAGCAGGAGGAGCCUGGCACUCAGCAAGGAGACGUCAUGCCCAACGCUGACUCGACUUGGUAUCUGCGAGUAACCCUGGAUGUGGAGGCUGCGGAGGCAGCUGGCCUGAGCUGCCGAGUGAAGCACAGCAGCCUGGGAGACCAGGACAUCAUCCUGAACUGGGAUGGGAACCGUGUCUCCAGGGGCUUGAUUGUCGUCCUGGUAAUACUGGUGGUGUUCGUCCUUCUGGUUGUUGGAGGCUUGGUCUUCUGGUUUAGGAAGCACCGUCGCUAUCAAGAUAUCUCGUGACUCUCCUCACCACACCUGUCUGGACUUCAGGAUCUCAGAGCUUUAGCCCUCAUAAUUUGAAGGUGAAAGUGAGCUACCUUGAAGAAGCCAAGAACAGGCAGCUCUUGUCACACACUUUGAACAUUUUAUCUAAGAGGAUUUAAGUUUGUUUGUUUUUCUUUUAGUAUACUACAAGUGUAUAUGUCCAAGUAGUUCUGUAAAAAACAGAAGUGCACACUCAAAUACCUCUCAGGGACAAGCAGAUAAAGGCUGCAGUGUAACUGUGUGUGGUCAUUAUUUGAAUGCUGGAUAUGCAGUCAACUGGAAGAUGCUUUUUGUGUUUCAAGGAAGCAAGUCCAACUGUUCCUUGUGACGUAUAAAAUAAGACCCUGGCUUGGCUGUAACUCAGAUUUUUUCAAGGAAAAUGGAAGUCUAGCAUUAUAUGUGAACAAGUCUAUAUUAAUGUGUUGACAGAAACCUUUACAAUAUUUGGGGUGUUGUUCAGUUGCUCAGUCGUGUCUGACUCUUUGUGACCCCAUUGGUUCAGUUUAGUUGCUCAGCAUACCAGACUUCCCUGUCCUUCUCCAUCUUCUGGAGCUUACUCAAACUCAUGUCCAUUGAGUCAGUGAUGCCAUCCAACCAUCUCCUGCUCUGUCGUCCCCUUCUCUCACCUUCAAUCUUUCCUCCCAUCAGGGUUUUUUCUAAUGAGUCAGCCAAAUAUUGGAGCUUCAGCUUCAGCAUCAGUUCUUCCAAUGAAUAUUUUGAGUUGAUUUCCCUUAGGAUUGACUGGUUUGAUCUCUUUGCAGUCCAAGGGAUUCUCAAGAAUCUUCUCCAACACCACAGUUCAAAAACUUCGGCACUUAACCCUUCUUUAUGGUCCAAUUCUCACAUCCAUACAUGACUACUGGAAAAGCCAUAGUUUUGACUAGACGGACCUCUGCUGGCCUAGUACCAUCUUUACUUUUUAAUAUGCUGUCUAGGUUUGUCAUAGCUUUCCUUCCAAAGAGCAAGCAUCUUGAUUUCAUGGCUGCAGUCACCACCUGCAGUGAUUUUGUGUGGUAACCAUGUUUUACUGAUUUCUUAGAAGUAUCUCCUGGAAUUUAAUACUGAUUCUCUCUUCCUUGCUUGCUUUCCCCCACCCUUAAUUUAGAUGUUCUGACUGACAUGUCAGCAUUAGCUAGAUGCUGUUCUGUGCACAGAACAAACCCCCUUUUCUUCAAAGACCUUUCCUACGACUCUUAUAUGAUUACCUCCAGACCUCCAGGAGGAAGCCUCCUUGAUCCGUGAAUUCUAGUCUCUGUCUUGCUUUCCUGCUCAUACUUAAAGAUUACAAGAUAAGUUACCAAUAAUAGAUGUGCUCAGCACGUUCUUGGGGAAUUGCUUGUCUGAACACUCUCCCUGUGCUGUCUGUCAUAAUACUGUGUGUUUGUGAGUAUUAUUCAGUGCAAAACCACCACAAUUUUGGAGCCCAAGAGAAUAAAGUCUGUUGCUGUUUCCA